CGAUCGCCUCCCAAGAAUGAUUGAGGUUACUGUAUGUGGACUCAUUCCAAUUGGCCACAUGAGUCUCCUCUCAUGGCAGGUAGGCCACAUGCCAACAACAUGAGACAGCUUCGGAGGCUGGAAUCCAAUCCCCGUCUGUUGGAUUCAAUCAUAAAUUUCUUACCUCAAUCCUGAUUAAGGGAGAAGAUUGAAACAUGAUCACAGGAUUGAGAUCUUGUUUAUGAGGCCAUUGUACUUUCUCUGUUGUUCGUGGCUGGUGAGUCAUCUUCUUUGAUUGCUUGAACUGCAGGUUGGUUAUCUGAUUCAGGGAAUCGUAGAGAGAGCAGGUGGCUUCUGCAGGUGACAGGUUAAUGAUCUUGAGAUUCCAUGGAUUUUGAGCUUGUAUUGAGCUUAUGCAUGAUUGAUGUCAGUUCUGUGCUGCUGAGAUCCUAUUUCUGAAGCUUUUCUAUCAUGGGAUGCAUGAAAGAUCUGCCCUUCUGCAUCUUCUGCUGAGCAGGCUUUCUUCCACCUCAAGAUCUUGGCUAGAUUAGGCCACCCUGCAAUCUUUGCCGCGCAGGGAUUGUUGUGCCCCGAGAUCUUGGAUAGAUUCGGCAACCCAAAUCCUGCAAGAUGGCGUUGGCCCCCACCGUAAAUGUGGUGUUGGGUUCCAUGGCCUUCGGGAUCUUCUGGGUCUUGGCCGUCUUCCCGGCCGUGCCAUUCCUGCCGAUUGGAAGAACCGCCGGCUCUCUCCUGGGCGCCAUGCUCAUGGUCAUGUUCCGAGUGAUAUCCCCCGAGGAAGCCUACGCCGCAAUCGACCUCCCUAUUCUUGGCCUCCUCUUCGGCACCAUGGUCGUCAGUGUCUUCCUCGAAAGAGCCGACAUGUUCAAGCAUUUGGGCAAAUUGCUCUCGUGGAAGAGCAGAGGUGGGAAGGACCUGCUGGUCCGCAUCUGUCUCAUCUCGGCCAUUUCCAGCGCUCUGUUCACCAACGACACCUGCUGUGUCGUCCUCACCGAGUUCAUACUGAAGAUCGCACGGCAGAACAAUCUGCCGCCGCAGCCGUUCCUUCUGGCGCUUGCUUCCAGCGCAAACAUUGGGUCUUCCACGACUCCGAUCGGUAAUCCCCAGAACUUAGUCAUAGCUGUUAAGAGCAAUAUCUCGUUCGGGAAGUUCUUGUUGGGUAUACUCCCUGCAAUGUUUGUUGGCAUAUUCGUCAACGCUGGCAUUCUUCUCAUGUACUAUUGGAAGUUGUUGUCGAAUGAGAAGGAUGUGGAAGUGGCCGCCGCGGCUGCAGCUGAUGUGAUUGCAGAAAAGGAUGUCACCUUGCACCGCUUUCAUCCUGCAACUAUGUCGCACGUUACUUUGAUGAGUUCUGAGGAUUGGAGUUCGGCUGCUGAUUCCAUUGUUCUAUGCUCAUCGACUAAUGGGGAUCCCGGGCAUGCUGAGACUUUAAGAAAUAGAAUAACUUGGAGCGAAGCCGACAUGCACUCUGGAUCGAGUGACAAAGUCGAGUCAACACUGGCACCAAAUGCAGCAAAGGAGAUAGCAGGUGAUCAUGGAGUUUUUACAAGGAAAGAGGAAGAUCAUUCUGCAAGAAAAUAUGCGAGGAGCGGUAGCUGGAUGAAAGGGAUGAAGGAUGGGUUCUCCUACUUAUCUGAGGAGAAGGAAGUUCCAAUGGAGAGGUGGAAGGUACUUCUUUGGAAUGGAUGUGUGUAUCUUGUGACAAUUGGAAUGCUGGUAUCGCUCCUGAUGGGGGUUAAUAUGUCUUGGUCCGCAAUUACUGCUGCUCUUGCUCUUAUUGUUCUUGAUUUCAAGGAUGCCCGGCCUUGUUUGGAGAAGGUUUCUUAUUCUUUGCUGAUAUUCUUCUGUGGGAUGUUCAUCACUGUUGAUGGCUUCAACAAAACCGGCAUACCAAGUGCUUUGUGGGAUUUCAUGGAACCAUAUGCACGCAUCGAUAGUGCUGCUGGGACUGCUGUGCUUGCAGUUGUCAUCCUUUUUCUCUCUAAUGUUGCCUCCAAUGUUCCAACUGUUCUCCUCCUUGGAGCUCGGGUGGCCGCAUCUGCUGCAGAAAUUUCUCCUGCUGAGGAGACCAAGGCAUGGCUCCUAUUAGCAUGGGUGAGCACGGUUGCCGGGAACCUGUCACUUCUGGGAUCAGCUGCAAAUUUGAUAGUAUGUGAACAGGCUCGCCGAUCUCAAUCGUUUGGAUACAAUCUCUCUUUUCUGACUCAUCUGCGAUUCGGAUUCCCCACGACGAUAAUUAUCACAGCAAUUGGGCUGCUGCUUGUUAGAAAUUAUUGAGUGAACAAGAUGAAGAGGCAUAGAUUGCUUGUAUCAUAGAUGAAGAGUGGAUGUAUCGUAGAUUGCUUUUAUUGGUGUAUCAAGAACUAUUCUUUCGGAAUGCGCUUCUGAAGCAAGAAAAUUUAUGUUCUGUGUGAGUAAGGAGCCUAAUUAAAUCGAAUGAUUGUACAAUGUUUUCUGUA